CUUGUGUGUGUGAUGAAAGAUCUGUCUUUGUUAACGUUGCAGAAAAAAUUACAUCUACAAAUUGCAUUUAAUUAUUUAAAAAAAAAACAUACAUCAUCCAUAUGUAAUUUCUUAAAAAGAAGAAAAAUGGUUUUAGAUAAAACGAAUUAUUAAGAAAAAUAAUUCUCUUUUGCCUAAAAAAGAGAUCUUACACAUAUCAUGACUUCAUAAAAUAUUUCAUCAAAAGUGACAGAUAAUGAUAGACAAAUAUCAGAAACUGAUGUAAAUUUCCAUUUACAGAAUUGGGUCAGCGUCAAAAUGUGCAAUUCUCAUGAACGAUUAAAGGAAAGGCUAUUUCCAGAUUGAAUGAAAGUGACGAAGAACAUCCAUGAGACAGUUGACAUGUUCUCUCUUGUUUAAUAUUCAUCGCAUCAUUAUAUAUAGUUGGUAUAAAAGAGCAACCGUUUCCAUCUUUUAUUAAUAAAGCUUCGAGAAUAUUCCACGUGGACGAUUACAAAAAUAAUUACGCUUUGGUUAUAAGUCUUCUUUUGUCAUUCAGAAAGAUGUUUUUCUAACGCACUUUAGAUCAUAAUAAAUUCUAUGGAAACUGUAACAAAAAAACAAAAACCUUAUGAAUUUUUUAUUCUUCGAUAGCGUAUAUCUUUCAUGUCAUGUCAUUCGUGAUAUAUACAAGACCGCAAGACAUAAAAAUUUAAUACAACUUUAUAAAUUUUAAUUUGCCGUUGUGAAUGGAUAUUAUUGAUCGCAAUAUAAAAUAUACAUAUAUUCGAAAAUAUUUAUUUCAUGAUUCAGAAGAUAUUUAUGUUAUAACCAAUAAAUCUUUCCAGUUGUUAUCAACUUUUAUAAGUCGCGUUUAUAUUAAUUGUUAUUAAUUGAGAUUUGACUCUUCGUCGCUUUCUGAACACAGAAUCAGAGAUAGAGAAUCAGCAAAAAAUUGUCUUUAUUUUUAAAUGAUACUCGCGAAAAUAAUUCUAUCUCAAAUAAAAUGUACAAAUAUGAGAAAAAGAAUUUGAUCAAUUAUUACUAAAAUUAUCUAUCAGAAAGAAGAUGCUGUACAGAAUCAUGAUAAGAUCGAUGCAACUAGUGUCUUCAUGCUCUUGGUACCCCGAGAUUCGCGAGCUUAUAUAUAUUCGAAGUCUCCCCUUAUUCCUCCUUCGUCACUUCAAUUCUCAUCUCCCCACAAACGUCAAUAGAGUGCAGGUGUUUUCUACGAUUGAGCACCAAUGCUGUCAAUAUCCCCGCAAGUUACGUCACAAUGCAAAGCGUCUCUUGAUGGUACGAGCAAUUGCUCAUGGACAUCCUGUAGAGAGGGUUGCACUAAGGAGCUGUACGAUUGUACGCAAAUACGCGUCAACUAUAAGCUACCGGAAAACGUGUCCGAAGGAGCGGACGGGGAAGGCGAAGUGGUAGGAGGUGUCGAGGACGACGAAGAGAGUAAGCGGAUGUCGCGUUACGAGCGCUCUUUAGGCGAGUACGUCGAGGAUCUCGACAUGAAUAUCGCCGUGGAUGACGAGACCGGACUAUUGAAACCUUCCCCUACAGGUUUCAUGGUCAACGACUCCUGGUACUUCACCGGGGCCAAGCUGUUCCCCAACGUAAAAGGCUGUGGAUACCCUCCAAUGCUGAAUUGCAGUAUUUUCUACCGGCAGUACGCCAAUAUAGGGCAGAACUUUAGCUGUUACUACUCGAAAGUGGAUCCCGGGAUAGUCAUCAGCGACCUCGACAUGUGGCAGGUGUACAUGAACCUUGUGUACGCGAUGGCAAUUCCGAUACCGUCUUUCAUAAUCUCGGUGAUAUACCUCACCAUCGCCUACUUCAAGAUCUACAACGAAGACGAGGAAGUCCUCGUAGGUGGUGAAGAGGGUGAGGAGGGGGAGGAAGGGGAUGGGGGUGACGGUACACCCUUGCCGCCCACUAGCGGUGCAUUGACGCCCGGAAGUGAAGCCUUCAGAGAGGAUCUGGCAAGCUUCGGGCAUCAACUCAAGGUCGCGAUGGCUGACGAAAUCAGCAGGGAAAGUCUUGAUGGGAUUCCUAACUCGCUCUCUCUUCAGGGAAACUUGAGCAAGACGAUGACGACGAGUAUCUCGACUCCCCCUGGGCCGACAGUGGCAGUCUGAAGCGGCACUUUCAAGGUCUGAAUAAUAUUUCGUGGAGACCACACUGAGCGAUUCUCAUGUCGCGUUUGUAAAAAAAAAAAUCAAGAUGUUACAAAACUUGGCUAAAGAAGCUUCAACGAUCGAGGAAGAGCCAAGUUACCUUUCUCUCAGGAUCGACUAAAAAAAGAAUCCACCCUCGCGAUUCACGGAGUGAACCAGAGGCACACUCGGUACCCCGAGCACAACUCGAAUACACGGUGAUUACAGAGGAAAUCUCGAUAAAUCUGCCAUUCUCUCUAUUGUAAAUCUGUUCCCGACUAACAAAGACAGCGCCGACUACACCUACAGAUAUCACAAUGAUAUUUUGCGACGAACUUUUUCGUACUCGAUAAUAGCUCAAUCGCGCGAAGUCGCAUAAGUAUAUCAUAUAAUUCUGUCGCAGCUCGCGCGCACCAGGAGAUCCCAAUUCUCUUCGAGUGCGAUGCUCGAAUACGCCGAAAAAGUUCUUCGUUUCUUGCAAUGUUUAACGUUUGGCACGCGGUAAGCCAUUUAUUCCGCGUGCCGGAAUUGAUUUACCUCGCACGAUGCCUUCUUCGUAGCUUUGUCAAAGUGCGAUCCGAAACCAGCUCGCGUGUAUCUCGUGCCUAUCGCAUUCCGCAAACACGAAGAAUCUGUCCUUACGUCGUAUAUGCAAGCGCGUUCACAGCGUACACGCUAUAUAUUUUUGAGCGAUUUUCCACAAUUGCGGCGGCAGAUGAUCGUCCUGCGUGAAGGGGAAAGAUAGAUCUGUCAUUUUGGGAGCGACACAAGUCCAGAAACAUUGAAAUCCACGCUAUUUCUGAAUAAAGAAGAAAAAGAUGCAUGUAUGUGAAAAAAUUAUAAAUAUCAAAAAAAUUUAUAUAUACUAUACAGGAUAAAAGUUUAUAAAAUGGCCGAUUAUAAAUCUGUCUCUGGACGAAUCGUAAAUUUCUAGAUUGACAUAUUAUUGAACGAUUCGAUCUCACCAAGUUACGGACUACGUGCUUCUCAAAACGAUCGAUAUGAAUUUUUGCAACGAAAGUGCACUCCGAGUAUAUAAACAAAUGGCUCUCUCUCUCUCUCUCUCUCUCUCUGGUUCACUCAACGAUACCGAGCGGACGUCCGGAGAACGCAGAGGAAGGAAGGAAAAAAAAGGGAAAGAUGCGUGAAGAGGAUCAACAAACUCGCAGCAUCACACGCUAUCUGUAUAUUAGGGUCACGAGUUAUCUAUGGACUAAAAAAUUUAAUCAGUAAACAUUAUGAGCUAAACUACCGUUAAACGUUACGAGUAUUAAUCAGGUAAUUUGCUUGUUGUGUGAUCAUGAUGCGUCCACUCACCCAUGCAUCGUAGACACUUUUUAUCAGACCACGACACACCAUGUCCGUUCCACUUUUAAACUAACUAAACUUGGCGACACGCUUUUUUGCAAGUAUAAAACGCGCGAUUCGCAAGAGUCCACCCCCGCACCCCGUUGCGGCCUCGUCCAUAUUAUAUAUACUAUGAUCUUCACACGCACAAAUUCCAACGUUUUUUCAGGUACCUGACUGACACACAUGCUCGAAGAAACGUAGGUACCACUUCGCGAGUCUUACGACUGCUAUAUGUAUACAUAUAUAUAUAUAUAUGCGCGUUUAAAUCGAUACGAGUAACACACAAGGCGAAGAAACACGUAUAGCAGUAUAUUAUACACACGGUAUGACAAAAGAGCAAACUUCAGCGAGCACAAAUCCAGAUACUCGCUGUUUUUAGAUGCGCUCAGUUAUUGCUUUUUACAUCUCUAACGAGAUAAAUUAUGACGCAAAUUUUUUUAUAGAAAAAGCAAGAGAAGAAAAUAAUAUCAAGAGGCUAAAAGAAACGGAUGUCGUUACCUAAAUCUUUUCAGUAUCAUUUGUAUUUUAACAUUAUAUUUUUAUAAAAUUGAGCUACUUCGUAGUCCUUCGAAAGGGGGCAAAACUUAUAUUUGAGCUUUGUGGUUUAUAAAUCACGAUCUCAAUCAAUCGUAAUGAGCUUCGUGCUAGUUCUAACACUUAAAAAAAGAACGGCUUAUCUUAUUAUCGUUUCAAUAUCAACCGCGAAUAUAAUUAGUUGUACGCUGCAUUAUGAUUUUAUAAAGCGCUAACGUCGCCUGGAAUAUCGACCAAACGUUUGCCGCAUGGAAACUGAUCCUAGGAAUAACAGAGUAUUAUCUCAAGAUAUCUGAAUAUUUCGUUAUAAUGUUUGUAUCGAAACGUUAAAUACUUCAUUAAAAAGGAUAAAUUAUUUGCGAUUAUUUACGACGCUUGUGGAGCUCUUGAAAAUGUUAAUGUUUCAUGCGGCCAAUAAAUUAAUUAAAUUGGCCAAAGUGUAAAAAAAAAUCGCAUGUAAUUAAUGCUCAACAUCGAUUCGCGUUUCCGGAAUUCGUGCUACUUCUGCGAUCAUAUACACACAUGCACAUAUACACGACACAUACCAUCACGAAAGGCACAUUCUACACACAUCGAUAAUCUAUGAAAAAGAAGAAAAGAUAAUUGAAUUGUUUUUAUGGAUUAAGAACAAGUUGUCUGUGAUCUACAAUAAUUAAAAGAAUAUUUAAUAAGUAUUAACAGAUACAAAAGUAUAAUUGAUAUAUAAAAUGUCGAUAAAAUGUUGAACGAAUAUGGGAGAAAGAAAAAUAAUCGAUUAGAUUUUAUUGAUACACGUUGAGCGCAAGUUUCUCGAAGCAUUGGUAGAGCAAUACGAUAGCAAGAGAGAAAUAAAAUAUUGUGUGAAAAAUUAAAGUCGCUGCAAAAGAGAAUUCUAGAAAAAAAAGAGGUAUAUUAUAUAUAAUUAUAACAAAAAUAUAGAGACUUAUACGAUAGAGCACGCAACGUCAAAACAUUUUAAAUCGCUGUUGUUAAUUUCUGCGAACUCUGUAUGUACUAUAGAACGCGCUUUCCCAUAUACUUCUUAUAUGGAAAAAGCGAGCCAAAAGAGAAAAAAAGAGUAUGCUUCUAUCCUUUGAGCAUAUUGAAAGCUUUGUAUAAGCUCUGUUAAAAGUUUUAAUUAGUGUUUAUUAUGAUCAGGCAAUCUUUAUCUAUAGAAUCUAAAAGAAACUUAUUAAAAAGUUAUACUGUAAAAAAAAAAGAGAAAAUUAAAAAAAAUCUCUUUUGACUCAUUGAUGCGCGUUCCAGUAUAUAAAGUUCAGUGAUCUGUACUAACUCGCGAUAUAAAAACAAAAGUGCGUGCUGCGUUCGGAUAGUACCAAUAAAUAUAUAUAUAUAUGUAUAUAUAAUUAUGUGGCACUUGACCGUCGCGGCUAAAAGUACAUAGGAUUAGAUAGAUUUAUAGAAGCGCAAAACACCAAAAAUCGUUCCUUCCACCCGCUCCGGCCGUGUAUUCGAUUAUCGAUUUUAAGUAUAUCGCAUCUCAUACGUGAAGUUAAAGCUCUGUGAAACUUAAUAAAAGCGCACCUCGGAACGUAA